AUGGCUGCGCCCUGUGCAAAGUCACGUCGGAAACCCUGAGAGAAAAUAUAGGAGAGAAAAAAACAAAACAAUCAGAAGAUCUUUAUUCGAAUCUCAAUCAGAAAUCAUUUCUUGAGUUUUUUUUUUACUUUAAAAGAAUCGACUUGGACGGGUGAAUCAUGGCCAGUCUGUUUGCUCUGUUUAGACGCGGUCUGUCAGCUUUCAAGCCGCUGGCAUCGAGGGAAUUUUCCACAGGAUCGUCGUGUUUAAUCCGGAUGCACGCCAUCCCUGCGCCCAAACAGAUAGACAGGUGGACGGAGAAGAGAAACAUGUUCGGAAUAUACGACAACAUCGGAAUUCUAGGGGGGUUCCGUGCUCACCCGAAGGACCUGAUCGUGGCCCCGGUCUGGCUGAAGGGCUGGCGUGGGAACGAGCUGCAGCGCUGCAUCCGCAAGAAGAAGAUGGUGGGAGACCGCAUGUUCACCGAGGACCAGCACAACCUGAACAAGAGGAUCAAGUUCCUGUACCGGAGAUUCAACCACUACGGCAAGCAUCGCUGAGCAGAGCAGCAAUACAGCAAGCCAGUGCUGCCCACGCUCUAUUCUGUUACAAACACUCAAAGGAACUUAAUAAAUUCCACUCAAACUCAA